CUUGAAACAUGUGGCCGCCGCCUUGGCCGUGCCAUUGUUCGCACAAGGACUUUUGUGUAAUUGUACGUAUCAUCAACGAGGAGAGAGUGCCUGGUAGUAUAUAGCAUGCUGCUUCGCCCGCCCUCAUCCUUGAUUCAACAGCCUGAACCACAACAUUCGUUGACAGCUGUCUGUGUUCCUUUCGCUCGUCCUUCUUUCAAUAACUUCUUCAUUCAACCAACACUCCUUUUCUUUCGGCCUUGAAGGUCUUGAUCUCACCUGUCCAGCUUGACGUUGUGGCUCAACUACGAUACCCCUGAUCUUGACGACCUCUAUCUUUGAUUCUACGCCUAUAUAUCACCCUUCAUAUCUCACAUCAUGAAGUCCGUCAUUACAAUUCUUGGCCUGGCCUCUGUGUCUAGUGCCCAUACUCUUUUCACAACUUUCUUCGUAGAUGGAGAAAAUCAAGGCGACGGUACUUGCGUUCGCAUGCCUAAGGACGGCGCAACAUCAAAUGCACCCAUCUACCCACUGACUGGCGAUGACAUGGCCUGCGGUCGUGAUGGCGAGGUCCCUGUCCCAUUCAUCUGCCCAGCCGCAGGUGGCUCCACGCUCACCUUCGAGUUUCGUGAAUCGCCCAACGCCGCGAAGCCUGGGUCGAUUGACGAAUCCCACCAGGGGCCUUGCUCAGUUUACCUGAAAAAAGUAGACGACAUGUUCUCUGACUCUGCGGCCGGCGAUGGCUGGUUCAAGAUCUGGGAGGACGGCUACGAUGCUGAUACGGGCAAGUGGUGUGUCGACACACUCAUCGAGAACAAUGGCCUCUUGUCCGUCAACCUGCCCACUGGCCUCCCGAGCGGCUACUACCUCGCCCGUCCCGAGCUGCUGGCUCUGCACCAGGCGUAUAGAGGGGACCCCCAGUUCUACCAGUCCUGCGCACAGAUAUUCAUCGAGAACGGGCCGGAGACAGAGCUCGCCAUCCCAAGCGAGUACGCGGUCAGCAUCCCGGGAUAUAUCGAGGCAGAUCAUCCCGGCUUGACGUUCAACCUGUACUCGGGUCCGCCGACGGAUUACAAGAUCCCCGGGCCACCCGUGUACAUUCCCGUCUCGUCGUCCUCUGGCAAGACACAGAUUCAGUCCGAGGGAGCCAUCCCGGACAGCUGCAUCCUGAAGAACGGCAACUGGUGCGCCAAACCGGUGCCCACCUCCAGCGACGUUGAGAGCUGCUGGGACAGCGUGGAUGAUUGCUGGACGCAGAGCGAGCAGUGCUGGGACUCGGCCCCCGUGUCCGGUGGCGCCGGCUGCGAAGUCUGGGCCGACUACUGCACGAGUCUUGGCGCGGCAUGCAAGGCGGGCGACUACAACGGUCCAGCCAAGUUCACCGGCAAGGAAGUCUUUGCGCCCGUGCCGGGUGCGAUACCCGACUCCUAUGGCAACGUAUUUGAGAAGACCAAGGUCAAUACUGGUAAUGGCAAAGUGGUCGAGGACGAGGAUAAGGAGACCACACCCAGUGAGACGGGGGAUGUCGAGGAGCCAGCCGUGUCCGAGCCCGUGCUGGAGCCUGUCCCUGAGCCCGAACAACCCGAGCCUGAACAACCUGAGCUGGUCGUCUCCAAGGACGGGCGCUGUGGUGGCGAGACUGGCCAAACCUGUGUAGGCAGCUCCUUUGGCGACUGCUGCUCCAAGAAGGGACGCUGUGGACGAAAGACCAGGCACUGCACUUGCGGAUGCCAGAGUGACUUUGGCGAGUGUCGUCAGUACUAGGCUACGGAGUGCUUGUUCCGGUCGGCCGUGCAAGGUCAGAUAUCUGGCCCAUUUGAAUUCUUGUAUAUGAGGAACGGUACUUUAGGGCUUGGCGUACGCAUACAAGCCGGGAUUUUGCAGGCAUAUUUCGGUAGAUGUAUCCUGCGGCCGACAGCCUGCCUCCAUCUAUUUCUUGUGCACUUAUGCACUUCUACUGGAAUUAGUGGACAAUUGAGAAUUGAAGCCGG